CCUUAGCUCUUCGCUUCGUCACUCACCCAGAUCUGCAACCCUUUCCCUCCCUUCACUCUUCCCAAUCUCCCCCAAAGCGUCAAUCCCUAAAACCCAAAUCCCUUCCAUUCUGGAAACUUUCUCAAUUUUUGAUCCAAAGAUGUGUUCUUGAUCUCCAAGAUUCAUUUCCAAUUGAGCUCGAGGGGUGUCAAUGGAGGCGGAUGCGCAGCGCUCGCUGUCUAUGCGAGCGGCACGCAGGACGGAUCGGAGUAGCCAGACAUCGCGGUAUAAAGAGGAGGAGGAGGAGGAUGGUGAUUUUUCUCCGGGGAGGGCGGCACAGGACCCUAUCAAGAUGAUCUGGAGGAGAGGCUUUGUCCGGCUUGUCUUUGUGUCGGCCAUUGUUUGGAUGAUGCUUAUUCUUAUCGCGCUGUUAUUUCAUGUUUGGUCGUGUAGUUCCAAUAUCAGAUUCUUAUCAGCUUUGUGUAAAAAAGAUAGCAAGGUGCUCAAUAUGUUAGACAGCAUCGGGCUGUCACCAAAACCACAACAUCGUUGCUCAAUUCCUCUCGCUGAUGAUCCUGAGGCCAUAGUUAUCCCAAGGAGAACUCCUAAUACCAUUCCUAAAAGGUUGUCAUAUAUCACAGUGGAUGAGAAAGCAAAUCCUCCACUAUUUGGUGGACAUCAAAGUUGGACAGAGAGGGAGAAUAGCUUUAAACUUAACACGACAAUGAAGGUGCAUUGUGGGUUUAUGCAAAAUGGAGGUGCAGAUAUGGAUCCCAUAGAUGUAAAAUAUGUUAAAAGAUGCAGGUUUGUAGUUGCGUCCGGUAUUUUUGAUGGGUAUGAUGUUCCACAUCAACCAUCAAACAUUAGUGAUCGUUCCCGGAAGUUAUUUUGCUUUCUAAUGGUGGUGGAUGAAGUAUCCCUUGAUUUCAUCAAACAAAAUGUCACUGUGCAUGAGGAUCCAGAUGGGGGGAAAUGGGUUGGCAUCUGGCGCCUUGUAGCAUUGCAUAACCCUCCAUAUGACGAGCCUAGAAGGAACGGGAAGGUUCCUAAGAUAUUGACCCAUAGAUUAUUUCCUCAAGCUUGGUAUAGCAUUUGGAUCGAUGGCAAAAUGGAGCUGAUCGUUGAUCCAUUGCUUAUUCUUGAAAGAUAUCUUUGGCGAGGGAAGCACACAUUUGCAGUAGCAUGUCAUAAACAUCACCGAAGUAUAUAUGAGGAGGCCGAUUCGAUCAAACGAAGGAAGCGAUACGCACGACCUUUAAUUGACUUGCACAUGAAAAUUUACCGGUACGAGGGGAUGGAGCCUUGGAGUCCAAAUAAAAGGACAAUCAGUGAUGUGCCAGAGGGAGCUGUCCUUAUACGGGAGCACACAACAAUGACCAAUCUAUUCAGUUGUCUCUGGUUUAACGAGGUCAACCUCUUCACACCAAGGGACCAGCUCAGUUUCGGCUACGUUGUGUAUAGGUUAGGAGAUGCAUUCAAAUUCUUCAUGUUCCCUAACUGUGAAUAUAACUCGCUAUUCAUGCUAUAUGCACACACAAGAGAGCAUUCCUCUGUCGUCGAGUGGGUUAAAUCCCUUGAUGAGUUCAAAAAGAAUAGUAGCGGUUUAAAGGAGAGUCGGGGAGGGUUAGGUCUUUGGUCGCCCUAUCCCGGAGAUCUGGACGAUGUUCAGCUCCCUCCUGUUGCGCGAACAUCCCCUGCUGGCUGACUGUAGUAUACAUUCAUCAUCUUUUUUUUUUUUCUUGUUCUUGAUUGUUUGGUGCUCAGAGUCACCUCAUUUUUGGAAGAAUGGAAAGUCUGAGUUCCUUAUAUAUAUAUAUAUAUAUAUAUAUAUAUUGUACUUCAGCCUCGAUCAUUUGGUGGUAUCGCUCCCUUGUUUUUGUUAAAAAAAAGGAAAUUGUAUUAUUUAGCAAAGAAUAAGUUAGGAUGUAAAAUAUCAUCUGUUGAAGGUGAAUCCUUAGUUUACUUUUUGCUCAUUUUGGAGAUGACCUUUUUUUAUUGUCAUCAUUCUCA